CGUGCUGGAGCUCAGUGUACAUGUUUCUAAAAGCCGGGAGAAAGAAUCCUCGAAUGGAACUCUUAUUGCUGCAAUCUCUUUCUUCUGCUUCCUUCUCUAAUUUUGCUAGGGAUGUGAAGCUGAAAGUUGAUAGAGGUUUGCAUAGUAAAUCCUUUUAUUUAACUGAUACUAAACCUCAAGAACAAGGAAGAAAGAUAUCUACAGUGUUUUCUGCUCUACCAGAAACAGCUGCUUCUGUGGCAAUUGCUGCCACAGUAGUCGGUGCUGCAGCUACUCUUCUUGUGAGAAAAACAAAAGGCUCUGAGGCAACUGAGAUUCCUGUGAAAACAUGUGAAGAUUGUGGUGGCUCAGGUAUAUGUCCUCAAUGCAAUGGUGAAGGAUUUGUCCUCAAGAAAUUAUCUGAUGAAAGUGCUGAGCGGGCGAGAAUGAUGGCAAAGAAUGCUGCCACUCGAUACACAGCAGGGCUCCCCAAGAAAUGGAGUUACUGUACAAAAUGUUCUUCUUCAAGAUCAUGUACUACCUGCAACGGCCGGGGGAAGUUAAGCUUCUAGUUUUUCUUAUUUCUGUGCUUUCAAUGGAGAUUGGUGCUUCUUUAUCCGUCAUUGUCCUAAUAUAUAGAAGACCAUAAUCCGGUUUCAAUGAAGAAAGUAAAAAGCAAGUAGAUUUUCUUUAAACACCCCAAAAAUUAUGUGAUGUAUAUAUAUUUGUUGUAAAAGUCGCAUUCAAUUAAUAUUUUCUUAUUCAUGUCAUUGCCUUUUGAGCGGGCUUUAUUUCUUUCA